CGUGACUUGCACGCACAGUACGACGGUCAGUGCAGUGAUUGUCAGAAAAAGAAAGAAAAAAAAAGGUGCAGUGGCUGUCAGGUGAUUAACUUUACUGCCAGAGCUCAUUAAACACUUUUAGCAAACGAGAGAGAAGUGUUGUUGUUGUUGUGUAUGCAGAGAUGUCUCGAAGCAUAAAAAAGCUCACUGGGCUCGUGGCAGCUACAUUCACACCACUCACUGCAGAAGGGGAGAUCAAUCUCUCUGUAAUUGGACCAUACAUUGAUUACCUAAUAGAGAAGCAGAAUGUCAAGAGUGUGUUCAUUAAUGGCACAACAGGUGAGGGCUGUUCUCUAACCGUGGACGAAAGGAAGCAGCUUGCUGCAGCGUGGUGCCAACAUGGAAAGGACAAGCUUGAGCAAGUGAUUGUUCAUGUUGGCUGCAUGAGUAUAAAAGACUCUCAAGAACUGGCUCAGCAUGCUGCCAGUAUAGGGGCCGAUGGCAUAGCAGUAAUCUCUCCUUCAUAUUUCAAACCCGUUAAUGCAGAUGCAUUGAGGUUGUUUAUAAAGGAAGUGAGCACCUUUGCUCCAGAUCUUCCGAUGUAUUAUUAUCAUAUUCCAAGCAUGACUGGUGUUGCAUUCGAUGCGGCUGAUGUGCUAAAUGGGAUAGAGCAGGUGAUCCCCUCAUUUCAGGGAGUGAAAUACACUGGGACAGACCUGAGGGAUCUCGGGCAGUGUGUCUGUUACAGUCAGUCCCAUAACUGGUCCGUCCUGUUCGGAGUAGAUGAGCAACUCUUGGGAGCUUUGGUAUUAGGUGUUCAUGGAGCAGUUGGGAGCACAUAUAACUACCUCGGAUGCAUCGUGAACAAGAUGCUUGUUGCUUUUGAUAAUGGCAACCACAUGCAGACCAGAGCCCUGCAGUUUGAAUUUAUGGAAGUUAUCACAUUUGCUAAGAACCUUGGUUUUGAUGUGUCCGUGAAUAAGCAGGUGAUGAGUGAAGUGUCAGGGUUAGCAAUGGGUCCCCCUCGACUUCCGCUGCUGCCAUGUCCUGUCUCAAAGGCCCAGGCUAUAGCACUGAAAAUCAAGGACUUCUCUCAGGGACAUUAAAAUGAAAGAAAUUUUAUUGAACCUACCAGGAACUCCAAACAAAUCAUUUUUGUUAGCAAGCUGUAAACUGUACCACAUUUUUUUUUACACUACAGUAUACUGAUCUACUUUAUAUUGCAUGUUUUUUUUUUGUGUGUUUU